AGUCGCGAGAUUUGCACCAAAGCGAACUGAAUAACGUCAGUUCUCAAAAAUAGCACAGCCAGGAAUAAACCGAAAAAGUUUUUCAGUAUCACGCCAACAGAGAUUCGAAAAACAUUUCAGAGCUGAAGCUUCUAACGAAUUGCAGAAGUGCAUCGGUUUAAUGGAAUUUUUUUGAAACACUUAGACAUGGAAACUGUUGAUAAAAAUCUCUACGUAUCAACAAGUGGUGGAGAAAAUGGAAAGUGGUAAUAAGAAAGUUAGAAAAGAAAAGAAGCUACCGCGGGUACCAAUCAAAACCUACAAGUGGGAAGACGUUAAAAGAUCUAGAAGACGAGGUGGUUACCCUUGGACACAUUUAUACAAAGAGCCCUAUAAAGAAAAUUUGGACCCGGAACAAUUCACAAUGGAAGGAAUGCGUAAAGCUAAAAGUACUUCCACAAUGGGUAAAUCGGAAGAUAUGGAUAUUUCUGAAGUCUCUACAUUCGAUAACCAAUCCUCUUAUAUGAUAGAAGGAAUAGGAAUAACUAAUACAGAGAUAAAAGAUCCCCAAAAUCAUUCCAUUAAAACUAGUUGUAGCUCGUUAAUAGUUGAUGAAGAACAAUGUGAUGUUAGUGAUGCAAAAGAAACCGAUGGUAUAACAAAAACCAAUUAUGCAAAACAUGAGGAGAAAGAUGAAAAAUCAAACCCUGUAGUAGAAAAAGUUUCCUUAAGCCCUGGAAUGUUUUUCCUGCAUUCGGAAGAAAGCUUGGACAACAUAAGUCAGUACUUGGAUAAAGAUGAGCGCGGACCAUCAGUAAAGUUGAACAAAGAUGACAAAAAAAUUUCACAGGAAGAAGAAGAAGAAGAAGAAGGUCCUAGCAGAAAACGAAAAUUAUCUUUAGAAAGUAGUCGUAGUAAAAUAAGUUUUGGGAAACAAGCAAUUUUGCAAAAAUUGAAAAACACAAAAGAAAAAAUGAAAAUACCAAAAAUAAGCUUUCCUACUAAAAUUAAAAAAAAUAACAAAAAACAAAAACAAUCGCCUCAACCAGAAUUGAAAAAGUCUGCUGAAAAACAUUCAGUUUUUUCACCACAAAAUUCUAGACCCGUUUAUAUUCAUAUUCCUCUGAAACCACCACCUGGAGAAAUAGAUCAAUUUCAAAGAGAAAGCGAAGCUAGAACCGUAAGGAAACCUAAUAGUUUCAAAGAUUUAGUAAGGAAUUUGAAACAACUUCAAGAAAAUAAAAUUGAGCAUGAAUCACCUCCGUCAAUUGAAGAAUUGAAAGAAGAAGAAGAACUGUGCGAAAAAGAUGAAAGUAGUGAGGUGAUUGAACGCGAGAAUAUAACUCCAAUACCAGAUAAAGAAGACGAAGUUCCAAUUCCAAAAAUAGAUCCUCAAGACAAAAGUACACCAGCGAAUGUCGAAACCAUUCAAAUAAUAGAAUUAACAGAAGAAGUCUCAGAAAAUGAACACACAACAAGUGACAAACUUCAGAUAACUGAAUUAAAUAUAGUUGAUGAAAAAAUGAAAACAGAAGAUGUAUUAGAUGAAACUGAUGAAAAAGUGGAAACUAACGAGGAAGAUGAGUUCGAAAUUAUCGAAGAAAAGUAUACGGAUGAAGUUGCAGUUGAUAAUAGUGAUGAGAUUCCUACAAGUUCAACCCCCGAGACUGAUUUAUUCGAUAAAUUAUUCGAGGUAUCAGCAUCUAGGCCAAGAACAGACUCUGAAAUAGUAGGGAGAAAAACACGAUCAAAGUCUGCGGAGCCGGAACGCAAAAGGAAGCUCUCUCUAGAGAGUAGUUAUAGUAGAAAAAGUUUAUCUAAAUUAGGAAUCUUGAAAAAACUAAGAGAUGCAAAAGAUAAGAUUAAAGAUAAAUUUACUAGAGCUAGUUCCAAAAAAGAUGUUAAAGUUGAGGAACCGGUUAAAAUUGAACAAAAACAGAAGAAUUUGAAGCCUCAGAAGGAAGUAAAACCAGUAUACAUUCACAUUCCUUUAAAACCACCCGAUGGUAAUACAGAUGAAUUUUCUCAACUAGAAAAUGAAUCAAGAUCAGAAAUACAACGAACUGAAACCACAUCUAGCACACCAGAUAGUCCGGAUAAACUUCGGGGAGAUGUCCAAUUCAUAAUUUUAACAGCUCCUUCCGAUGAUGAGGUAUUAGAUUAUAACAGUUCGGAUGUUCCGGAAACACCAUCAUCAGAAAAUAAAGUUUUUUUUCCUAGUAAAGUUCACGAACUUAAGGAAAUCGCUAAAGGUGCUGUUGAUCAAAUAACAGGUUCAACAACAAAAUUGGCCCCAGUCACGGAAGAAACCUCUAGUCCAAAGAAUUCUAUCGAAAAUAUUUCAAAUGCAAUAAGGGAGGAAGAGAAAUUAUUCAAAAAGAUAGAAAAAAGUUGUGUAGAGGAUAUUAUAAAACAAGUUGUAGAAAAAGAAAAACUUGUUGAUAAAAAUUCAGAACGUGUAACUGUUGACGAAGAAGAUGGAUUGAAUGAAAGUAAGUUAAAAGAGGUUUCAGAGGAAGAUUCAGAUAAUAAAAUUGUAGAUGAAUCAGUUGAAAUGAAAAUAACCGAAGAAAGUAAACCAGCGAUAAUAGAUACUGGUGUACAGAAUGUAGAGAAUAUGAAGAUCAUUUCUAUGGAAUCUGAUGAAAUUUUAGAUUUGGAGGAAGCCGAGAUAGAUGACGAUGACGAUGAAAAAAAAGGAGAAGAACUAAAAUCUGUAUUGAAAAGUCCUAGCUCUCCCAUCAUGAAGAAGAGGGUUUCAUUCAAGAGAAAAGUGAAGAGUAAAAACGGUAGUUAUGAAGAUAUAAAAAUACCAGAGACAGAAGAAAAGGAGAAGGAAUUUGAGAAAUUCCAAUCAAUGCCGACAGAAGAAGAAGAUGUUUACAUGGAGGAGAAAACAGUUAGAGAUAUCUCUAAUGACGAAAAACGUAAUAGAUGGUCUAAAAUAAGUGACCAUGAGUAUGAACCUGUGAACCCACCACCAGAUAAUAUUGAAAUAAUUCCAACUGUUACUUUAAACAAUAGUCCCGUUUGUAUAAUAGACACUGCGCAAGCUUUUAGUACUCCAGACCCACUCAGUUUUACAUUGAGUAAACCUUCCACAGAAAAUGAAACUUCAAAUUUACAAAAAUCGCCCAAAUCACAACGAGUUGCGUUUUCAACAACCACAGAUUCACACAGUUCAGAAUCCGAUCCAAAACCAAAAGAAGGUCCGAGUAAAUUUCAAAUGGUCUUUAAACAGAAAGCAGAUAAUAUAAGAAAUAAGCUACAUAAUAUGAAGAGGCCGCAUAUAAAUAUGCCAGAAAGACCCAAAUUCCAUAAGCCGAAUUUCCACAAACCUAACUUCCAAAAGUUCAAAAUUGAAAGGAAAUUCAAUAUGCCAAAAAUUCCAGACACUGCAAAAAUUAACCUACCAAGCUUUAAUCUACCGCAUAUACAAAUUAAGAAAUCUAUAAAACGAAACGUCUCGACGGAAUCUAAUGCAGGUGAUUCCAAGAAACCAAUAUUCGACUUUGGUACGUAUCCCAGAAUAUUUAAAAAGAAGCCUAAAUCAGAUGAAGCAGUUUCCGACUUCGCCACAGUACCUAGAGCAAAGAAACCUGAUAGUAGAACGACUGAAGAUAGCAGAGAUUCGAGGUUCAGCGCCACCGAUUCCGUUAGAAUACCUCUUCAUUCCGAGGAUUCAAUGGAUAGGGAGACUUUACAAACAGCAAGAGAUAUUCCUAGUGAUUCUAGCGAUAUAAAACAGCCGUCUCACAUCAGAUAUAAUGAAGGUAUCGAUAGUGAAGAUGAGUUUGACCAAGAAAAUAGAGAAAUGAUGGAUGAAAGAGACUUUUUAAGUAGAUGGGAAAGAGGAAGAUUCAAUCCUGAUGAAUUUGUAGAAAAGCAAAUAAAUACCAAAAUAACGGAUUUAGAUUCGCCUGAUGAUAAAGGGUACGAUUUCCCUCCAGAUAACCAACAAGAACAAAGAUAUUCUUCGGGAAGUUCUUUGGGAGUUCACAGGAAAGGAGUUCUAGAAGAAAUAAAUCCGGAUGAGUUCUUUUUAAGACAAAAAGGUAUAUCACAAGAUAAUAUCGAAGUAGGGAUGUAUCUGAGCACAGAAAUAAGAGAGGCUUUUAGAAAUCCAACAAAUGCCUUGCUGCAAAUGGAAGAUGAUAACAACUUCACCAUUAAAGGUUCCCAUACGUCAUUACCAGAAAUAACUAACAAAACUAAACCCAUUAAAAAACCCAAGAGGAAGAAGACACCACAUGCUUCCCAUGAAAAAAUGCCUUACGCUGACGAGGAAUCUGCUGACGACGAAACAAAUAUUCUUCCUCCUUCUAGGCCAAAGCGCAGAAGCAAAAGAAAGAAAAAAACAAAUGAAAAUUUCAUUCCAUACCAAGAAACUAUUCCAGUUGAUUCGGCAGAAGAAAGAAUGGUUCAACAUAGAGAAAGUGUAGAUGUCUUUGCUGACGAUGAAAGAGAAAUGAUGUAUGAAAACGAAAUAAUGGAAGGUAAAGAACAACCAGAAAUCAAAAUUAUUAACCCUUAUAAAAAUUACGGUUUCGAAGAGGAAGAAUUAGAAGUAGAAGAAGCAGAAGAAGAAAUAAAUCAAGAACAUAUUCCGGAAGCUCCUCCUCGGAGACAGAAAAGCUUAAAAAGUUUAACUCACUAUGAAAAUGAUUCUAUGUUCCGAUUGGGACCCAAAAUGCACCAAGCAAUAUUCGAAAGAAGAGUUACUGAACCUGGUAUCAUCACCUAUAAAAGUGACGCUAUUAUACCAGAAAGAAAAAGUUAUCAUAUGAAUGUUACUCAACCUGAAAUUAGAAGUGUUGGAAAUAUAGAAGCCGAAGAACCGGCGUUCGAAGUUGGUGGUUUUUAUGGAGAUUACAAAUAUCUGGAAAGAGAUAUUAACAUCGCCCCUGAAGCACCACCAAGAAAACAGAAAAGUCUUAAAAGUUUGAAUAUAUCCGAAAACGAAUCGUAUGUUGAGUCACUUAGCUCCAAUAGAGCCAAAUUCAGUUCUGAGAACAAUCUUCAGGAACCUGUGAUCGAUGCUAUAAGAACCAACUCCAAAAUAAUUAUACCGAUAGAGACAGAAACUGUAACACCAAAAAGACCAUCACGAUCUAGAUCUCAAGGAAACUCUCGAUCAAGGGAUGCGUCUCGAUCAAGAACUGGUUCAUUAUCACAAAAUGCUUCACAUAAAGAUCUCGACAUUUCAUCUUUGCAAAACAGUUCAUUCACAGUGGAUGAAUCGACUCCUUGUGUGGAAGACGCGGUCCCCUGUGCUGAAGAGCCAUGUAUUCAAAAGAUAUGUGAUUACAUGGGUUAUUCAGUAGUGGAUAAAUCAAAGAUUAGAGAUCCACCACUGCCUCCACCUAGAACUUUGGGCCGUAAAAAACGAUCUACUAAACUGAAUCAAGAAAAUAAAUUCUUUACAGUACCAAGAACUAAAGAUUCGAAAGAAAAAAGUGAUGAAACACCAGUGCGUCCAUUAAGAAAUUAUAGCACUCUAGCACAAAAUCGUAACUCAGUAACACCAGAUAUUGUUGAAAAUAAAGAAAACAUCGAUAUAACACAAUACAUAGAAAUAGAUGAAGAGCCUACUAGAGAUUUGCAAUCUGGGGAGAUUAUAGAAAAAAUGAAAGCUAGACCUCUACCAGCUCCUCCAAGACCACCAAGAAAAACGAAGCACUUGCAAGAUAUUACUUCUCGAGAAAAUAUUAUGAGUGAAUCAACCGAAGAGCUACAUAAAGAAGUUACACGUGAAACAGAAGUGUACACUCAAACAGAGCCCUUGCCAGAUGAUUUCGUUUGCGAGGAAGUAACACAAGAGCCAACUGAUAAAAUCAUUAUACCUACACAAGUAGCAGAUGCUCCUAGAGUAGAAAGAAGAUUUGUUACGCCUACCAGUUAUAGCUUUGAAGAGACCGUUACGCAUGGCUCCUUACUUGUCGAACCUUUAAAUGGUAUUAAACUAUUACCUGAUUCAGAUAUUAGCGAAAAACCUAAAGAAACUAUUAUACCAGUGGACGUAGAGGAUGAUUUUGAUGAAACAUCUUCGAUUCCAGAUAAUUUUCAUAAAUUAACUGAUCCGACUUUACCCAAGCAAACCGCACCAGGUGAACUGGAUAUACUUAAAGCACAAAAGCUUGAAGUUGCCGAUUUGGACGUCGAUACGUUAACUGUGAAUAAAUUACUUGCAGGUAAGAUAGUAGUCUCUGAAAUAGAUAGCAGUAGUAUAUUUACAAACGAAAUAUCGUCAAAAAGUGGAGCUUUAAAAAUUGGCGAAAUUAGUUUACCGCCUGAAAUGCUCAGUCAAAUAUUAAAAAAUAUACAAAGCAGACCCGACUCAGAAGAUAACCAACAGGAUGGUAGUGACGAACAAAAAAAAACUCCGAUUGAAUCUUACUCUACUGAAACCUCACCGAUUAACCCCAAUUUAGCUCUAAUAGAUUACGUAGAGGAAGAAAAACUGUUAGAUGCACACCAAAAAAUGGUUCCCGAUGAAAAAAUUGAAGAAAUCAAUUCGGAAAGCAAGGGAGAAAAAUUGUUAGAUACAUCCCAAACUGUACCCGAUGAAAGAAUUGAAGAAAUUAAUUCGGAAAAUAAGGCUUCUGAUGUUGAGGUUUCGGAAGAAGUAGAUUCAAAGAAAGCGUCUGUAGAUGAACAGAAUAUUUUCUCAAAACAUGAAUCUCCUGAGGAUGUAGAAGUAGAUAAGGUUAAAGAUGACGUUCCUUAUGGACUAGUUUCUGAAAAAUAUGAUUCAGAAACGGCAUCUCCAGUAAUUCCUUCUAACGUGUCUUCUAAAUGUGCCGAAAUUUUAGUUCCUUCCGAAGAAAUAAAAGAAUCCCCUUCUAUAAUACCGCCUAGAUCACUUUCCCAGGAUGAAUUUUUUUCUCAAGAACAUGAACCAAUUCCCCAUAGACCGCCUAGACAGUCAGAGAGACUUAGAGCUUCUCAAUCAGCCAAUGAAGAAUCAAUGAAAGAACCUGAUGUAGAUGAUGAGCCCCCGCCUAGACCUCCCGAACCUCCUAUGGGGUAUAUUCCCUCGCAACCUCCGACGAGUUUCUACGCGUUACGAGCGCAGAAAUAUGUAGACGAGAACAUUCCUACAGUGCCUAGAAGGAGAAGACAUACCAAAGCUAAACAAGUAAGGAGGUCAAGUUCUGAAGAUUCAUCGGAAGUAUCUCUUACAGUUCGAAGACAUCACAGAAGAUCUAGCGAUCAAUCAAUAGUUCAACUUUCUGGGCAACUAGUAAGAGCCUGUGGUUCAGAAGCCAACAAUCAACUCAAAAGACUGAUAAACUACAUUUUAAAUAAUGUGUUGCACAACGAAGACGGGAAGCAAGACUUGAAUGUAAUGAUUAUUAUUAUAUUAGUACUUAUUGCCGGGCUGUUAUUGUUGGGAUACGGGGAAGAAAGGACAGUUAUUCAUUUGCACCACUGGGAAUAUUUCAAUCCUCCUAAAAAUUUAUAACAAUCGAUUUCUUUUAAUGUUCGAAGUGAAAUUGUUAAUUUUGAUUGUUUUGUAAUAUUUAAGAAUGAACCUUGUAAAUAAGAUUUUAUCGAUUUGUAAGACUUGAAUAAAGUUACCAUACAC